GCAGUUCCUGCCGCUGCUCCUGCUCCGGCUCCUGAUCCGGUGCUUGUCGCGGCCCCGGUCGUCCAGGAAGCCGUGGCCACCAAAGAGAAGAAGGACAAUAUUGACAAGAAGGGCAAGAAAGAGAAGGCGGGUAAGAAAGACAAGAAGGACAAGAAGGAAAAGAAGGAGAAGAGGCCGGGUGGUGAGGGUGCGCAACCAGACGCGAAGAGGCAGAAGGUCGCGCAGGAAGACGUCGAGAUGUCGAAGUUCUGGGAGGAGACGCUCGGGGACAUCGACGAGAGGUCCAUGCUGAGCGCCGCUGAGACGCAGGAGGCCGAGAGGGCCCGGCAGGCCGAGAGGGAGGAGGCCGAGCGCGAGGCUCAGGCGCGCGCGCGGGCGCUGGCCGAGGAGGAGGCCGCCGCCGACGCCGCGGCGGAGGCGGAGCGCGCCCUCCGGGCCGCGGAGGCGGCGGAGGCGGCGGCCGCCAACUUGGGCCCGCCAACCCAGGCGGCCGCGGACGCCAUCAUGGCGGAAGAGACCGCGCUGGAGACCGACGCGACGAGAAGCCGCAGCCUGAUGCUGAGGGAGGAGGCUGUCCGACACCUCCGCGCGGAG